AUGGGAGAGUCUUCUCUUAUGCAUGAGUUAACUAAGUACCUUCUUCUUUCAUUUCUUUCAUCUCAUGGAUGCUCUAAGGAAUAUUUGGACCGGCAUAAUUUAGGAAUAAAGUUGACACAACUUGCUAGGGGGAGUACGUCUAUCACAGCCGGUCUCAAGCCCGGGGCAAGGAGGAGAGGUGCUAUGAAGAUUGAAAUAUCUGUUCAUGAUGCAAUGGCUAGCCUGCCAUUGAAUGCUGAUACUAAGGAGCUGAUUCAGCAAGAGAACUCUGACUGUUAUUUCACUUCCACUGUGGUCAUGCUCUACACUCAACACCUAACACAAGGACUCCCAGAGCCAGAAAUUGACUUGAGGUAUCCAGGGAUUGCAUUGUUUCUAACAGGAAUCAGUGGCAUUGGCAAUCUCUACCAACAUUGUCUACUUCCAAAACUGAGAAGCAAAAGUGACAAAGAAUACAAGGUUCCCAAUGGAGGCUUAUUUGACCUAGUGAUUUGCCGUCACUAUCUUUUUGAAAUUCUUGGGUUUUUGGGGAUAUCUCUCAUAGCUCAAAAAGUCUAUGCCUUCUCUUUCACCAGUGGAUCAAUUCUUUACCUUAUGGGGAGGAGUUAUGGCCAGGAGAUGCUAAAGUUGUUCAAAACUGCAGAGAAAACAGAAGGGGGGAAAAUGGAGUCCAUGUUGCUGAAACUUCUCUUUCCGUCUCCUUUCCUUGUCAAAGCAAUGUCUGUGGUUUCUUCUGCGUCAUUAGGAUAUGUUGGGCUUUCAGAGGUUAGAGGAAAGCACAUGAAAUACUCCAAAUUCUUGAAUGUUGAUGAAAAGAAGCCCAUCAAAGAGAAGAUUCGAGUCUCUAGUAGAACUGGCAUGCUUAUGGCUUACACACCACCAUUUCUUGUUGGUGCUGCUUCCUUUGGGCUGUUCCCAAAUGAAGAUCUCAGGUUUUUGUUGGUCAAAUCCACUCUAACCUUCCAUUUCUUCAAAAGAAUACUUGAGGUGCUGUAUGUUCACAGCUACAGUGGAGGGAUGGAAGUUGAGUCUUUGAUUCCUAUCACUCUCAGUUAUUUCACGGCCGCUGUGUUUGUCAUCUAUGCCCAAAACCUGGCACAAGGACUACCAGCGCCAGCUAUUGAUUUGAUGUAUCCAGGGCUUUUGUUGUUUCUGAUAGGAAUCAGUGGCAACUUCUACCACCAUUGCAUCCUUUCAAAACUGAGAAGCACGAGUGAAAAAGGUUACAAGAUUCCCAAGGGAGGAUUGUUUGACCUAGUGAUUUGCCCUCACUAUCUGUUCGAGAUUCUUGGGAUUUUGGGAAUCGCUCUCACAGCUCAAACAUUGUAUGCCUUUGCUUUCUUUGUUGGAUCAACUCUUUACCUGAUGGGGAGGAGUUAUGCCACUAGGAAAUGGUACCUUUCACAGUUCCCAGGUUUUCCCAAGGAUGUAAAGUCUCUCAUUCCUUUUGUAUUUUGA